AUGCCGGUCACUGGUCACUCGCUUAGAUGGAAACCAUUUGAGAUUCCAAAAGCAUCUCAGAAGAAAGUGGACUUUGUGAGCGGGCUGCACACCUUAUGUGGAGCUGGAGACAUCAAGUCUAACAAUGGACUUGCUAUUCACAUCUUCCUGUGUAACUCCUCCAUGGAGAACAGGUGCUUUUACAAUUCAGAUGGGGAUUUCCUGAUCGUUCCCCAGAAAGGGAAGCUUCUCAUUUACACAGAGUUUGGCAAGAUGCUUCUGCAGCCCAACGAGAUCUGCGUCAUUCAGAAAGGAAUGCGAUUCAGUGUCGAUGUCUUCGAGGAGACCAGGGGCUACAUCCUGGAGGUUUAUGGUGUCCACUUUGAGUUACCUGACCUGGGACCCAUUGGAGCAAAUGGCUUGGCCAAUCCUCGUGAUUUCUUGAUCCCUGUUGCCUGGUAUGAAGAUCGUCAAGUGCCUGGUGGUUACACUGUGAUUAAUAAAUACCAGGGCAAGCUGUUUGCUUCCAAACAGGAUGUCUCCCCAUUCAAUGUUGUGGCCUGGCAUGGAAACUAUACACCCUACAAGUACAACCUGGAGAACUUCAUGGUCAUCAACGCAGUGGCCUUUGACCAUGCGGACCCUUCCAUUUUCACUGUGCUGACUGCCAAGUCUGCCCGACCUGGAGUGGCCAUAGCCGACUUUGUCAUUUUCCCACCUCGGUGGGGGGUGGCCGACAAAACCUUCAGGCCUCCAUAUUACCACCGGAACUGCAUGAGUGAAUUCAUGGGACUCAUCAAAGGUCAGUACGAGGCAAAGCAAGGUGGAUUCCUGCCAGGGGGAGGCAGCCUGCACAGUAUCAUGACCCCUCACGGCCCGGAUGCAGACUGCUUUGAGAAGGCCAGCAAGGCCAAACUGGCGCCUGAGAGAAUUAGCGACGGCACCAUGGCAUUCAUGUUUGAAUCUUCCUUGAGUUUGGCAGUCACCAAGUGGGGACUCAAGACCUGUAGUUGCUUGGAUGAGAACUACUACAAGUGCUGGGAGCCCCUCAAGAGCCUCUUCACCCCCAAUUCCAGGAACCCGACAGAACCUAAGUGAGACUGAAGCCUGCUCCUGUAAUUGAGAAUAGAUUUGCAUGGUUUCCUUGAGAACCUCACACCCUCUGGGGAUAUGGAGGCAGGGAUUAAAAUGAGAGCUCACUUUUCAUAGUCAAGUAACCCGGAGUGUUCGUGGAAAUGCAUUUGGAAAUGGCUAUGGCUUUCUAAUUACUCAAUAAAUAUGUGAUCUGUGGAUGUUGCAAA